UCUUGCCAGAGUGUUGGACUUAACCAAUCCGACAUGGUACUAGAAUACAUGGGCACCUGUUUCCAAUUCCUGGAUGUUUCGAGGAACUGUGAUGUCGGGGCCGAAGAGUGUAAUGAGAGAAGAGGAUUUCUGGCUGAAAUACUCGAUGAGAGCACUAAUGCUUUAUUGCUGGACCGAGCCCUGUAUCUAAGAGACAUAGACGUUAACAAGGCAUGGUGGAUUGGUGGUUAUGACAAAGAUGACGGAGUCGGACGGUCCUGGUAUUGGUCUGAUAAAACUCGAAUGAACUAUGAGGAAUGGUACGAGGGCGAACCUAGUACGGAUUCCGAAGACUGUGUAGAAAUGAGAAAGGAUCAUCAGUACCAAUGGAAUGACCUAUCUUGUUCAGACCGAAUUCAGAGUCUAUGUCAAAUUGGAAUUCCUGCCUGCGGUGACCCAGGUGAACCUUUGCAUGGUAAUCGUUUACCAGACGACAGAACAACUUACUCUGUCAAUGCUACUCUUCAUUUCACCUGUCAGGAGGGAUACACAUUAACUGGAGAAAGCGUUGUAAGGUGUAUGACUAAUGGAGCAUGGAAUCAUCAAAGACCAUCGUGUGAAGCUGUCGAAUGUGAAGAAAGCCCCCCAAACGUCACACUUUCCUCCAACAUGAUACUAGGAUCAGUGUAUCAAGAUAUAGCUGUAUACAUAUGUCAGGGUGGUUAUAUUCCUGAUAAUGAGACUAUCACGGAAGACAAUUUAGCUAUCGUGUCGGUUGAACUGAAGAUCUUGACUGGGGAUUCGAACAGAUUAGAUGAGGAGGAUCUUCAGUCUGUCACAGACAAACUAAGUUCAGUAGUUGGAUUUGCGUUAGACCAAAACCUGACAGAAGAAACCGUCGUACAGGUGUCUGAGAGUGUGAUAGGAGCAGUGGAUAACAUCUUGAACAUCCUAGAGAGUACCUUCGAGACACUGAGCUCCCAGCAGAUUUUAAAAGACAUACUGGCUACAAUCUCCACACUUACUGAAGCCAUUCAAAAGGCAUCCAGCAACAACUUCACCUACAGUGGAUCAAACCUUGUACUGGCAGCCGUCAAAGUAGACAGGAGAAAAUUUCCCCUCACGGCUGCUAUAGGAGGAGCCAUGGAUGACGUCAUAUACUUUUUAGCCAAUGAAGGAUCUCCGUCUAACGCGGCAGGUGUAACGUCAGUAUUUCUGCCAGAAGCAAUUCUUCCUUCGGUAUCUAGUACUAACCAGGUAAUAUCCGUCAGCGUCUUUCUACUAAACUCGCCUAAGCUGUUUCAGGGUAACAGACUGUUCUCAUCCAGUACUCCAUCGUCUGGAGACAAGCAGAAUCAGCAACCGAAGACGGUGUCGGUUGUCGCUUCUCCUAUCUUAACUGUGACCAUUGAGGAAACUGAUAUCAAAGACCUUCCUGAUAAUGAAUCCAUUGUCUUUGCGUUUCCUGUAAACCAGAAAUUGAUUGGAGAAGAAAAUGAUGCUGAAGUGUCGCAACGUUGUGUGUAUUUGGACAUCGACUUAGGAGCGUGGUCGGACGAAGGGUGUAAAACCGAGAAAACAGCUCUUCAAGGGAUGGUGUCUUGCCGGUGCUCUCAUCUUACUAGUUUCGCCGUUCUCAUGGAUAUCAAAGGAAGCAUCAUAUCUAAAGCUCUUGAUGUAAUCAGUCGCAUUGGUUGUAUAGCUUCGAUUAUUUGUCUCGUCAUAACCCUCUGCGUUCUGCUAGGUUUUAGGAAACUGCGCAGGAAACAGCCACAGCAGAUACUUAUUAAUCUCAGUUUCGCGCUACUAGCUCUGUACGUCACUUUCGUCAUCGGUAUUGACCGACCGACCUGGAGGAUCAGCUGUACUGUGGUUGCUAUACUAUUGCAUUACUUCUGCCUUGCAUCGCUUGCUUGGAUGGGUGUAGAAGCCUUCAACAUGUACAUGAUGUUUGUUAGGGUUCUGAAUUCAUACAUACCGAAGUUUCUACUAAAAUGCUCUAUGAUCGGUUGGGGUAAGUUACAAGGUUCGAAAGUACAGAAGUUUUCAUAG